AGUUAGAAAGAGAAGCCCUCUCUAAAAUGUCCAAUAGAACAAGACGAUACUGCAAUGUCACCGUCUUCAUUUCCAAAAUUGGUUUCAAUUGGUUCCAGAGGUAGCUCGUCCUUCGUGAUCGUGUCCAUGUCUUCCUAGCUCCUAACCACUAAAUAACGAUUCCGAUUAUCCGAUUGACCAAUACACAGCCACAGCAAAUGCAAUCCAAUUUCCAAUUCGAAUUGGAUCUAGGGUUUCUACACCCCCUUCACGGAUCUCGCAUUUUUUGGAGGUAAUUGACAAUUUCUGUGAAAAUGAACUUCAAAUCGACGCAGUCAUCAUUUCGGGAUCGGACGCAGGAAUUCCAGAGCAUUGCGGAGAGGUUGAAGAAAUCAGGGUCAGGGCCCAAUGGGCCUAGCAGCAGGAGUAAUAGUAGUUCUUCCAGAUUUGAGGAACAGCGAUUUGCUGUUGCAAUUCAAUCAGAGUUCAAUAAGAGGGCUUCCAAGAUUGGCUAUGGGAUUCACCAAACGUCUCAGAAGCUCGCCAAGCUCGCCAAGUUGGCUAAAAGGACUUCGGUUUUUGACGAUCCCACCAUGGAAAUCCAAGAGCUUACGGGUGUUAUUAAGCAAGAUAUUACUGCUCUGAACUCUGCUGUUGUGGAUCUUCAGUUACUUUGCAACUCUACAAAUGAGAGUGGGAACGCUUCUACUGACACAACUAGCCAUUCAACCACGGUUGUGGAUGACCUAAAGACCCGAUUGAUGAGCACCACGAAAGAGUUUAAAGAUGUUCUCACCAUGCGAACUGAGAACUUGAAAGUACAUGACAAUAGAAGACAAUUGUUUUCGUCUUCUGCCUCUAAGGAAUCUGCAAAUCCCUUCGUACGUCAACGUCCUUUGGCAAUAAAGUCGGCUGCUGCUACUUCUAAUGCCCCUGCACCACCCCCAUGGGCUAGUGGGUCUCCAUCUUCAUCUCAGUUGUUUCCUAAGAAGGAUGUGGAUGGAGAGAGUCAACAGUUGCUGCAACAACAGCAACAACAGGUAGUUCCAUUGCAAGACAGUUACAUGCAAAGCAGAGCUGAGGCUCUUCAGAAUGUUGAGUCCACUAUUCAUGAGCUCAGCAACAUUUUUAAUCAACUAGCAACACUUGUUUCACAACAAGGAGAGAUUGCCAUCAGGAUCGAUGAAAACAUGGAUGAUACAUUGGCAAACGUAGAGGGGGCACAAGGGGCUUUGUUGAAGUAUCUGAACAGCAUAUCUUCUAAUAGGUGGCUGAUGAUCAAGAUUUUCUUUGUAUUAAUAUUUUUCCUUAUGGUUUUCUUAUUUUUUGUGGCUUAGUCAUUCGAGUAACAGAGAUCGAGGACACAAGUGACGGCCUUGUUACCGGUGAUAAGCCUUCUGUAGUUCAUUAAUAUUUCUUUCUCCAAAUAUAUAUUCGUCCCCGUACAGUUUAGCUUAGCACCAAGUUUGUCAAAUUGUAUACUUGUACGUAUUGAUACAUAUGACGAGGUUAAGAACUGUGCAUUGCGUGUCCA